CGUCUCCCACCACCAAACCCCGCUCCCCGCCGCCUUCCUGCGCCCCCUGCGCUCUGCCCUAUCCGCCAUGCCAUCCAUCGCACUCCCUACGCCGCGCAACGACCCCGCCGCCGUGUCGUCGCGCCGCAAGCGCCUGGCGCUCGGCGCGCUGCUCACUGUCGUCGUCGUCGGCCUGCUCCUCUCCGCCACGUUCCGCCACGACCUGAUCGCCUUUGCCCGCCGCCUCGGCGUCAGCGGCGCCGGCUGGCUGCUCUUUGCCGCCACGUCGGCGUUGACGCUCUUCAUCGCCGCGCUGAGCCUGCUGCCGCUGCUGCUGGCCUUCUGGUGGCUCUUCCUGGCGCUCUUCAUCUUCUACCGCCUGCGCCGCUCGGCAGCGACUGGCGGCGACGGCUACGGGCUCACUGCGCGGCAACAGCUGGCAGAUGCCGCGGCCGAUGCGUGGGGCCGCCUGCCGCGCUUCCGCCGGCACAGCGGCGAGGGCAGUCUGCGCAUCUAGACAAGCGGCCAGUGGACGCUCGGCGUCGCUGUGGUGCUUCGGCAAUGUCACGAUCUGGGAAACGUGUGCAGCGCGCGGCUGCAGGCGAUGGGCGAUCAAGCAGGGUUAGGCAAGCAGGGC